CCUCCCCUCCUGAGUCCUCCCUCCUCCCCUCGGUGUUUGUGCGGAGCAAAAGGAGAAACCGGAGGAGCGGCAGAGCGAUGCUGAGCGCUCAGCAGGAUGUCUUUCACCUCCUCCUCCUGGUCCCGGAGUCUCCUAACUUCGCUCCUUUUGCAGCUCCUUAUCGUGCCGCCGUGCCUCCUCCACCCGCAGCCGUGCCACCUCCUGGCUCAGAUCGGACACACUGUGCGCGUGGGUGCGCUCCUUCCGGCGCAGCGGGCGGCUCGCGUGCAGGUCCAGGCUGCGCUGAGCCGCGCGACGGCCACGAUGAACCAGGACCAAGACCGGGACCCGGAGCGGAACAACUUUCUGCCCUACAACUUGAGUCUGGAGCUGGUUUCCCGCCAGCCGGCCACCGCGGACCCGGAGUCCCUGUUCCGGUGCGUGUGUCAGGGCGUCGUGGUGCAGGGAGUGUCCGCAGUGCUCGCGUUCCCGCAGAGCCGCGAGGAGCUGUUACAGGUAGACUUCAUGGCCUCGUUCCUGGAGAUCCCGUUCCUCAGCGUCAUUGAGCACGGAGAGCCGCUCCGGACCCAGAACCGGUUCCACCUGCAGAUGGCGAUGGGGGUUCCGGAGUCCGGUCUGUCCAACCUGUUGCUGACGGUUCUGCAGCGGUCUGGUUGGAGAGAGGGUACCGUGGUUCUGUGUCGAGGCUGGGAGGAGGCUCGGGGUCUCCUGCGGCUGCUGGACAAUGGGAGUUGGAGCAUUGCAUCAUGGGACGGUGGGGGAGGAGUCACCUGGCACGUGCGUGCCCUACUGAACUUGACACAGUUGGCACAUGACCACACUCAGAUCCACGACUUCCUGUCCCGACACUUCCGCCAGAAGCAGCCCUCGCCCGCGUCAGUGCUGCUGUUCGGAGCGGACCCCCAGUGUGCGGCGGCGGUUCUGCGCAGCGCUCAGGACCUGGGCCUCACGUCACCCAUGGUGCACUGGGUGCUGGGCCAGCCCCUCAGCCCCGACGCGCUGCACGCCAUAGGGCUGCCUCUCGGCCUGCUGGCCUACGGAGAGGUGGAGAGGAAACCGCUCGACUUCUACGUCAACGAUGCCCUGCAGCUCGUCACCAGGGCCAUCGCAGCGGCAACCGUGGUGAGACCGGACCUGGCUCUGAUCCAGAACAUGGUGAACUGCUACGACAAACCCAACAAACAUGAGGUGCCGUCCUCCGGACAGUACCUAUGCAGGUAAGAACACAUUUCUUAGUGU